AUGUCAUCAUUUGAGUUGGAUUAUAUUGGACAAAACGUUUCUGAAGUUUCUAAAAAUGUAGUGGAAAUCAAGGUGGACAGUGACACCGAGGAUAUAAGAGAACGGGCGUUUGAAGAAUGCCGCCAUCUCCGCUCAAUCGUUUUUUCUGCAGAUUCGUGUGUGGAAGCCAUUGGUUUUCAUGCCUUCUUUGGCUGUGAAUCCUUGCGAGGCAUAAACAUUCCAUGCUCAGUCAAUUUCAUUGGCCAUGGUGCCUUUGGGGAUUGCCGCAGUCUAGUUGCUGUGGACUUGCCCGGGGGAUUGCAAGAUAUUAUGAAGGAAACCUUUUACUUUUGCGAAUCAUUGGAGACCAUUAAGAUUCCUUCCAGCGUUGUGCGGAUCGGGCAACAGGCAUUUGAGGGAUGUAUUAGCCUAGAAUCAGUGAAAUUCUUAUCCACGAUGGGCCUCUGCAAGAUUGGAAGCUGGGCCUUUUCAGACUGCUCGUCGCUAAGGAGAUUCGACAUGCCCUCCACAGUCCGAAUGAUUGAAAACGAGACUUUCCGGCGCUGCACCGGCCUAGAGGUUCUAAAUCUUCCCGAGGGUGCUCUCCGUGAAAUUCAUAGUCUUGCGUUUUGGAGGUGCGAAUCGUUGACAUGUGUAAAGAUUCCAUCUUGCGUUGAGACCAUCGGGCUGUUGGCCUUUAUGAAUUGCACAAGCUUGCUCUCUGUGGAGAUGGCACGAAAAGGACAAUUAGCUGUGGUCGAAGACCGAGUAUUCGAAGGAUGUACAUCAUUGUUGAAUCUUUGGCUGCCGAAGACGGAGGUUCAAUCCUUUUCCCAUUGCACUGCAUUGCAAUCAUUACUUUCAGACCAAAAUGGCAUGCAGAUGACAAACACGCUGGCGUCCAGAUUUGAUUCUUUUCCAAUUCAUGGAGCCGCGUACUUUGAUGGCUUUGAGUUUGGGCUCAAAGACUUUCUCUUGGUGUUGGACGAAAGUGAUUCUACAGCAGACGCAGCGGAUUGUCUUGGCAUGAACGUAUUUCAUAUCCUGGCAUUGGCAACUAAGCAGGAUGUAGUUGUAUUCGAGUUCCUUUCUCAAAAGAUACCCACUGAACUAUUGAAUGAAUGUGACAAAAACGGAUGUACACCGAUGGACUAUCUAUGUACAAAUCUAUCAGCUGAUACAGCUGCCGUGAUUGAAUUUGUCAUCAGAAGUACCAUAUCAGGGAACAUCCCAUAUUUGGGCUUGUCGCCGUGGAGGGAAGUGAUGGAAAGGCACGUGCGGUCCUUCCGGAACGUUGGUCGAAGAGAAAAACACUCUGCAUUUCGUCGACUCAGAUCAAAAUAUGAUUGGUAUGCACGCAAAGAAGCGUUGUCCUUACUCGAGCUGGCGGUGUGGAAAGCCCGAAUCAUUCAAGUAGAAACAGAUUAUGUCGAUGGACCCAUCAGGCGAGAUGAGCGCCGCAUCAACUGCGGAGCAGAUAUUGUGAUAUUACAAGUUAUUUCCUAUUUGCAACCGAUAGAAUAG